AUGGCGUCUCGGACUCCGCAAUGCAACGCCGAAACCCAACCGCCCCCUCCACCAUCCCCACAAACUAUGGUCUCGCAAGCCGCUACCAAAGACAUAGUAAUCAACAAGCCCUGGCCGCCCUUCACCAUCCACUUCUCCGGAGGCUGGACCCUGCGCGAUACGCUCCCCACGCUCCUCCUCGUCCUAAUCGGACACCUCCUCUGGCCGUACAUCCGCGCUCUAACUCUAGAUCUCGGCAUUCGCAACAUACUCCUCGUAUUGUUUGCCGUCCAAAUCGCCCUCCUAAUCUACUCUAUCCGCCACUACCAACAGCGCUCCGAGGCCGCCGAGCGCCGCUUCCAAGAACUCUCCAACACCCACAAGGCCGCGCUGCAGGAGGUCACGAUCCACAAGAACGGGUUCGAGAAGCUGAAGAGGGUGUGCGAGGACUGCGAGGAGGCCAUCGCGGCGCUGAAGGGCCAAAACGAAGAGGAAGACCGCCAGUGGCUGCUAGACGAUAUGAUUAACUCGUGUGAGAGCAGGAUCGAGGACUUGGACUUCUGCAUCGCGGCGCUGGAGCAGCACAGGACUGCGGCUGCUGGGAGUGUGGGAUUGGUAUCGCCAGCGCGCAGCACGCCCAAGGGAACGCGGCGCCCGGUGAGGAGGACGACUAACCAGACCCCGACCUUGGCUGACACCAUCAGCACGCUCAAGGCGCGGAAGAAGCGGACGGAGCGGAUGCGCACAUUGAUGGAGAAUAUUGCGGCGCAGACUGCGGAGGGCGGCAGCUCGGAUGAAGAGUUCAGCAAGAUGAUCAAGGUUGGGAUGCGGGAAAUCGAUGACGAUGAGGAAGAGGGGAACGGAGUCGGGGAGGGCGGUGCUGGGGUGUUCGCGGACGUCGAUGGGUUGGCGGUGGAUUUGAAGCGGCAGUUUGCGAGUCUGGAUCGGUACUUUAAGGGGAGGAGGGAGAAGCUUCGCAAAUUCGAGGAAAGGGGGGAUGAACCAGCUGGCGAAGGGCCUGGUUCCGCUUCUGAGCGGAAUGCAUAA